AUGUCACAACCGGCGAAACGUGUUGCUGUUAGCUCUGUAAAUUGGGCGAAAUUGGCUGAGAGAUUAGUUCCAGAACAUAAGAAAGAAUUGGAUCGUUUGAAAAUGCAGAACUCUUCAUUUCAUGCCGAGGUUGUUCAGCGUGAGCAAGAUCUUCCAAAAGUUGAUUGGGCCGAAUUGAAAAAGCAAAUGCCUGAACAAUCGGCUGCGCUUGACACUCUUAAAAAACAAUGGGAAUCGCUGAACAUCGCUUAUGGAACUAUUCCAGAAAAUUUUCAAAAGGAAAUUGACAAAUGGAUUCAAUAUAAUCAAGCACGUUUACAAUUUACCGAGCAGAAGAUAAAAGACGGACUCGAUCGUGUUAAGAAGGUUGAGGAGAAAUGGGCCAAAGCGCCACCAGUUGAGCAUAUGUAUUUAAAUUUCCACCACAUCACGUUCUUUCCUCAUGAAUUUGGAUAUGCAGAGAAGCAUGGUUAUGCUGAUUGGCGUAUCCAUCACGACGAUGGUGAAUGGCGUUAUUUCGAUUUAUUCUUUAAAGAACAAAAUGCCGAUGAGGAGUCUUACUAUCGUCGCCGCUAUCAUGAUUAUAAUGUCUAUCCAGCUGCUGGUGUGUUUAAAAGAGGAUUAUUUUUAAAAAAUAAUAUUUUAGGUAAUCCACUAACUGGUCUUGGAAUUCCUGAUGGAUCUGGACAGCCAAAAGAGCCAAAGCAUUGGCCUGUUCCGUUGACUGAAUUGGGUCGUAAUUAUGUUAAGCAAUUGAAGGAACGUAAGAGACAAGAGAAAUUGGCGGGUACUGCUGUUCCUGUUCGUGUAGACGAUCAUUGA